UAAAAUGUUUUCCCGCGGAUUUUGAACACGUGACAAAAACAUUGCCCUCUUCCUUGCUUUGUUCGGGAAAAAACCACGUACGAGAGGCAGUUGAUAUUCCCAAGACAUUAGUAUUUGUGACUGAAAUAGUUAUAGAUUUGUGAUGUCUGACCCACUAACCCCCCGCCGUAGAAGUAAGAGAGGGAGAACAGAAGAGGACCCCUCCUCCCCUUCCCAAGCUAAUGGCGUGGAGGAACCAGUGACACCAUCCAGAAGAACAAGAUCAGGUGCUUCCACUCCAUCAUCAACCAGAAGUAGUGCUAGAAAGACUCGCACCUCUCAGGAUGAAACAACUUCUCCUCCGGCCAAAGGUCCCAGGAUCGACAGUUCCCCUGGAGGUGAUCUUGAACCACUCCCAUCGUCACCUCAAUCAGGGGGGAUUAGUCAGGAAAGGUCCUUGUUUUCAAGUCCACCACAGUCUAGACUUGGGGCUCCAACAAGUGAAAUUGAUUUGAGUUCACCAUUGAACUAUGGGACCCCAAGUUCAAGAACAGGGGGACCUUUGACCCCAGGAGCUGCUGCCACGCCAAUCCGAUCUCGACCUGAUGUUAGGAGCGACCGGAAAAUCCGCCAAGUUACCAUUGGAGGAUCAGAUCCUAGUGAACCAACAAGAAUUACAAGUGAAAUCAGCAGCGACCCCAACGCUGGCCCCCAGUUGGUCAUAUGGGGCACCGACGUUGUGGUCAGUCACUGCAAGGAGAAGUUCAAGAGGUUCAUCUGCAAGUAUGUGGAUACGAAUGUUGCUGACGAUGAACAGUUUGAAGGGAUGGACAUAUCACAGCCAUACUACUUGCAAAGGCUGGAAGAGAUAAGUCUAAUUGGAGAACCUUUCCUGAAUAUAAACUGCGAACAUCUGAAGGAGUUUGAUGCAGACCUGUACAGACAACUAGUGAAUUACCCCCAGGAGGUUAUCCCCACAUCUGACAUGGCUGUCAAUGAAAUGUUUUUUGAGAAGUUUCCUGACGCAGCACUUGAGCAUCAAAUUCAAGUUCGACCAAUGAACGCCGAUCGCACCAAAAAUAUGAGGUCUCUAAAUCCUGAAGACAUUGAUCAGCUUAUCACCAUCGGUGGAAUGGUGAUCAGGACCAGCUCUUUGAUCCCUGAGAUGAGGGAGGCCUUCUUUAAGUGCUAUGUCUGUGCUAACACAACCUCGGUGGAGAUUGACCGUGGCCGCAUUUCUGAGCCGGUCCUCUGUACAAACUGCAACACCAAUCAUUCCUUCGCUCUGGUUCAUAAUCGAUCCCAGUUCACUGACAAACAGAUGAUCAAACUGCAAGAAUCACCAGAUGACAUGCCUCCUGGUCAGACUCCACACACAGUGGUUAUGUACGCUCACAACGACCUUGUGGACAAAGUCCAGCCUGGAGACAGGGUGACGGUCACCGGAAUCUACAGAGCGACGCCCCUCAGGGUCAACCCCAGGAUGAGGAACGUCAAGUCGGUGUACAAAACCCACAUUGAUGUAGUCCACUUCAGAAAGGUGCAUGAGAAAAGACUUCGAGAAAAUGAUGACGAAGGAGAUGGGAAAGAGAAUUUGAUCAAUGAAGAGAGAUUGAAAAUAAUCAGAGAAUUGUCCAAAAAACCAGAUAUUUAUGAACGUCUAGCUAGAGCAAUAGCUCCAAGUAUUUAUGAAAAUGAGGACAUCAAAAAAGGAAUACUUCUUCAGUUGUUUGGAGGCUGCAGGAAAGAUUUCUCACAUUCAGGUCGAGGAAAAUUUAGAGCCGAGAUCAAUCUCCUGCUGUGUGGAGACCCUGGUACCAGCAAGUCACAGCUGCUUCAGUAUGUGUAUAACUUGGUGCCCCGAGGUCAGUAUACCUCGGGUAAAGGAUCCAGUGCAGUGGGUCUCACAGCAUACAUCACUAAAGACCCAGAGACAAGACAACUUGUCUUGCAAACGGGAGCAUUGGUGUUGAGUGACAAUGGAAUCUGCUGCAUUGAUGAGUUUGACAAGAUGAAUGACAGCACUAGAUCAGUCCUACAUGAAGUCAUGGAACAACAAACCUUGUCCAUUGCGAAGGCUGGUAUCAUUUGUUCCCUGAAUGCCAGGACCUCUGUCCUAGCCGCAGCCAAUCCUGUUGAGUCGCAGUGGAACAAAAAUAAAACAAUCACAGAGAACAUCCAGCUCCCCCAUACCCUGCUGUCAAGAUUUGAUUUGAUUUUCCUGAUGCUGGACCCACAAGAUGAAAUGUUUGACCGGCGUUUGGGAGGCCAUCUUGUAUCUCUCUAUUUCAAAACCCAUGAAGAUGAGGAGGAUGAAAAUUUGGACAUGAGUAUUUUGAAGGAUUACCUUACAUAUGCCAAGAAAUACAUUCACCCUAAGAUCAGUGAGUCGGCAGGACAGACCCUGAUCGAGUCGUACGUCAACAUGAGGAAAAUGGGCAGUGGGAGGGGACAGAUCUCAGCGUAUCCCAGACAACUGGAAUCUCUCAUCAGAUUGUCCGAGGCUCAUGCCAGAAUGAGGCUGUCAGAAAUUGUGGAAGUAGCUGAUGUGGAGGAAGCCAAAAGGUUGUACAGAGAGGCUCUGAAGCAGGCAGCCGUGGAUCCAUCCACAGGGAAGAUAGACAUCACCAUCCUGACCACAGGACUGAGUGGUGCCGCCAGGAAACGAAAGGCAGAGAUCACCCAGGCUCUCAAGAAAAUCAUACAGGGCAAGGGCAAGGUGUCCACCCUCAAACACCAAAAGUUGUACGAGGAAUUCAGAGAAAAUUCAGACUUUGCCAUAACCAAGGACAUGUUUGAUGAUGCCCUGAAGGAAUUACAGGAGGAGGACUUCCUCAUAGUCACCAACAAGCUGAUUCGCCUUUGUCAAUAAGCUGACAUCUUCUAGUAGUCACAAAAACAUUCUUCACCUCUGUCAAUAAGCCUUCAGUACUUGGAUCUAUGCAAAAAUGUAGUUAUGUUUGAGAGUAUCAAAGAUAUUAGGUGUAUACUUCUGAUUAUCAAUAUAGAAAAAGUACAUGUAUGUCAGCUACGCUAAAAAUAUGCUGAUCAGUUUUGUUGUAUUGAAGAUUCUUGUAAUUCUUAAAAUUGUUUUUAAUUUAUGUACACCUGCAUGUAUAAUGCUUGUCUUGUCUCUGUACAAUGUUACCCUGUCUUAUGCUCGUUCAAUCUCUUGGGAGAAAGGAGGUCCACCGGAUGUGUUCACAUGUAUAUAACUCGAGUUCAACAGAAAAGUUUUGUAUUCUAUAAGUGCACUUUAUAUUGUCUAUAAAAGCAAAUGAUGCAUAUUGAGUGCUUCCAUUGUUAUUGCGUUUGUCAUCAUAGAUGUAUACUCAGAUGGUGAUCAACAUUUUAUAUAUAUUUAUCAUGUUAGAGUUACAGCUGUAUAACAUUGUAUAUAGAGAAAGGUGCAUGAUGAUCUGACAAUUUCACUGUUACAAAAUUGUUUAAUUUAAAUAUCACUUGAUUCCACAUUAAUACACAAGUGUACUAAAUCACUGCCAACACAAGGCAUUAUUUUGAUGUAAAUAAAUUUAUUGAUCUGCAAGUUAAAGUAAUAAAUGCUGAAUUUAU